UGAAAGUAAAACAACUUCAACCAGUAUUGCGACGAUUCGGUGACGUUUUCUGGGAUAUUUCACAAGUUCUGGUAAUUACAGAGGCAGUUGAAAAGAUUAGAGUACAUCUGGUACUUGUCAAGAAGAAGAUGACAGAGAAAACAACUUGUAACCCCUUGGAGCAGUUUGUGCUGCUAGCCAAAUCAGCUAAAGGUGCUGCUGCUUCCACCUUAAUAUCCCAGGCCCUGGAUGCCCCUGGGGUAUACGUGUUUGGAGAGUUGCUUGACAUGCCUAAUAUACAAGAGCUGGAAUCAGGGCCUCAUGCCUCCUACUUCAAGCUGUUGAAUAUCUUUGCUUAUGGAACUUACCAUGACUACAAAGAAAAUAAAGCCAACCUUCCCGAGUUGACUCCUGCACAAGUAACAAAAUUGCGACACCUCACCAUUGUCACGUUGGCUACGAAAACAAAACGCAUUCCAUACUCUGUGUUACUGAAAGAUUUGGAAGUAGAGAACCUACGAAAACUAGAGGACCUCAUCAUUGAAUCCAUCUAUGCUGAUGUUAUUCUGGGAAAAUUAGAUCAGAAAAAUCAGUUGUUAGAGAUCGAUUACGCUAUAGGUCGAGACAUUCGACCUGAGCAGGUGUCUGAAAUCAUCAACGUCCUUCAGGAUUGGUGUGCAGGCUGUGAGGGUGUACUGAAGGGUGUAGAGAACCAGAUACAGAAAGCUAACCAGUGUAAGGAGAAUAACAAUAAAAUCAAGGCUCAGACAGAACAGGAGGUAUCAAAUAUUAAAAAGACCCUGAAGAGCACUCAGCAACAGGACAUUGAUGAACACAUGGCUGUAGACAGUAGAGAGAUGCCAUCACAGCCAGAGAAAGCUACAAAGAAAACCUCCAAAACAAAAGGUCUGCGUGGAAGCGCAAAGCCGUGGAAAUGAUUUUUUAGCGUGAAUAUAAAGUGAAAACUGGAGACAUGGACAUACUGAUGAUUCAGAACUUUUGUACUACUGCUUUUUCUCAGUAAACAAGGAUUAAGAUCAACACAGAGCAGUAAUAAUUACACUGAUCUGCUUUGUCAAGCUGUCAACUAAGAAGUGUUUGUUUUCCAAAUGACUGUGCACCAAGUGGCGCAGUUAGCCAAAGUGGUGCGGUUAGCCAAAAUGGUACGGUUAAGAUGGGCUAUGUGCUACACCACACAUUUAGAAAUUUGAUAACCCCCCCCUAACCAUUACCACCACCACCCUUGGACUGAUGGCGUGGUGUGCUUUACUUCUUUAUACAGUAUAUAUGCGCAUGUUAACGCUAUCGUUGAACAUUUUUUUGUUGGGCUUAAUCCGACCUCAUCAGACGUUAGGGUUGGCGGUAUGGCGGUAAUUUAUUUUUUUUCUUUAUUCUGGCUGAUGUAUAAAACAAGGAUUUUAAAGAAAUUAACAUGGAGAGAAAAUUAAAAUAAAAAAGAAAUCUCAUUAAUAGUCCAAGAAAAACUUUGGAAUAAAACCUUUCCUUUUUUGUUUUUGUGUCAGGUUAUGUGUAUCAGGUUUGAAUGCCCUAUAAACAUACUGGUGGCAUCCUACUAUUUUCGGUGCUGAAACCUACAAAUUCCUAGUAGAAUAUUAUCCCAUGAUAUAAGACAAAGCUCAAACCACCUUUCUAAAAUAAAUAGCAUUUUAAGAAUCAGGAAAAAUGGGCAAGUUGGUCAUGCGUGAAAUUUAUGGUCCUAUAGGGCACAUAUACAUGUAGUUACAUUGAGUGAAGGAAAAUAGAGAAUUGAAGGUUUUCCUCUGAAACUAUGCAGAGAUGCAUGAACGCGGCAUGGUUGGUGAAAAAUUUGGAGGACACAUUUGUGACCGAGUUAAUAUUGAAGCCCGAUUUGUAAUGAAGCAUUUUGUUUUGAAGGAGGUUUGUACGUGUAAAUGUACGUGUGAAUGUAGAUGUCAAUGGAAGCACACAUCUACCGAUACAUAUCUGUAAUGUUGAUAUGUUAAUUGAAGAUUGCGAAUCAAGUGUAAGGUUGUCACCUGGUCACUCAUCUACUCCAAAAAUUUGGCACGAAAAUCAUGAAAAAUAAAGCAAAUAUGUUUUGUAUAAAGCAAAAUUACCCUUUAUAGGGAUAUUAAUAUGUUACGAGAUAGACUUACAAGUCUGUUCUCGUUCCAGUACGAGAAUUCACAGAGAAAAAAGCAGGAUUUUGCAGAAGAGGAACAGUGUCCCAGAAAUUUUGUUUUUAUUUUGGAAUUGAUAAAAAGACCUGCAUUUUUUUUUCAAGUACACGGAUCUGAAGAUAGCCGAAGUAGAAGGAGUAUUUAUGGAGGAGAUUCCAGACAAAUGUCCAGUCUUGUGUACAUCUUGUAUUUGUUAUGUCUUGUUACCGUGAUUAUUAGAAAGCUUUCUCUUGUUCAUUUAAAAGCUGGAAUGCAUUCCUUUCUUGAGUGUAUUUUGUAUUUGUAUAUUAACUUGUAUAUACUUGAAUAACCAGACAAACCUGAUCAAAA